GUCAGCUCAUCUCUCUCUUUAGGCUCCUUUUUCCUAUAUAAUGCAGGCCAGGGUAGCCAUCCUCGGCCUUAGAUGAGUGUUCUAUCUUUUCAACCAGUUUAAGGGAAAAGAGAAAAAAAGAGAGACUCUAAUUUGAAAGGCUUUGAAAUUUUUUUUUUCAAUGGGUAGAUCACCUUGCUGCAAUAAGCUUGGGAUGAAGAAAGGUCCAUGGACUCCUGAAGAAGAUAUCACUUUGGUAUCAUACAUUCAAGAACAUGGUCCUGGGAAUUGGAGAGCUGUGCCCACUAAUACAGGGUUGCUUAGAUGCAGUAAGAGUUGCAGGCUUAGAUGGACUAAUUACCUGAGGCCAGGGAUCAAACGUGGCAAUUUUACUGAUCAUGAGGAGAAGAUGAUAAUCCACCUCCAAGCACUUCUAGGCAACAGGUGGGCAGCCAUAGCUUCAUACCUUCCACAGAGAACAGAUAAUGAUAUUAAAAACUAUUGGAAUACCCAUUUGAAGAAGAAGCUCAAAAAGCUCGAAACUACAAGCCAUGCAGGUCACUCGAAGAAUGAGCUAACUUCAUCAACAGUUUCACAGCCAAUCUCUAGAGGUCAGUGGGAGAGAAGGCUUCAAACUGAUAUCCACACAGCCAAGCAAGCUCUAUACCAGGCACUGUCACCAGAGAAACAAAGCAACUUAUUAACUGAGUUGCAACAGUCUGGAGGGGAGCAUUCUUAUGCCAAACCAGCAUCAACUUACGCAUCAAGCACUGAAAAUAUAGCCAAGUUGCUUAAAGGGUGGUUGAGAAAAACACCUAAGCAAACCCAAACGAACUUAUCAGCAACUACGCAGAAUUCUUUCAACAGCAUAACUGGGACUGAUUCUAUAUGUAGUGAAGGGAUUCCAAGUAAAGCUGAAAAAAAUGGGAUUGAAUUAGAAGAAGCAUUUCAAUCACUUUUCGGUUUUGAUAAGUCCUUUGAACAUUCUUCAAAUUCAGAUUUUUCUCAGACAAUGUCACCUGAUGAGGCUAGCCUUUUCCAAGAUGAAAGCAAACCAAAUUCUAGUUCCCAGAUGCCACCAUUCCCAUUGCUUGAGAGGUGGCUCUUCAAUGAAGAAGCUACACAAUGGAAGGACUAUCUUGGUGAAGUCACACUAGAUGAAAGUAAUCUUUUCUUUGGAACUUGCUUUUAGGGAAUCUUUAAUUUGAUUUAGUUAGACUAAUUGAGCUUCUAAUUAAUUCUUAUUCUGAAGGAGUUCUUAAUUUGCUUGUGGGUAUUUUGAAAACCUUUUAGUAGUAAUUUUUAUUUUGUGUGUGCUGGAACACAGAAAGUGUAAAUCCCAAUUUAUUAUGUGAUGACAUGCUUUCUACUGAAAAUAAAUUCCUCCUUGAUUUA